ACGCACUCGCCGUAGUAAGCGUCAGUUCCUCGUACUUGAGGCACAUAAAUAUGAAGGCCGCCCCUUUAUAAGCUUAGUAGGACAUGAGUACAACUCGGAGUUUCUGAAAAACUGAAGUUCAUGUCAACUGAAAAACGUUUUUUCUGAUCGAGGACAUUUUCCUUCAGCAACUAUGGCACAGUCUAGUGAUGACGGCAGACUUGAGACCGAUAAUGCAAGCUUGUCAGUAAUGGAUGCUCGGCUUCAUUCUUUCCGGCUCUUCCCUCUUUCUCAAAUGGUUUCAACAAAGCGGAUGGCCCGGGCGGGGUUUUACUACACAGGAGAGGCAGACAAGGUGCGCUGUUUUAGUUGCAGUGCAACAGUGGGGGAUUGGAACGAAGGGGACAUCCCAUUAAGAAGGCAUCAUGAAGCAUCUCCAGCCUGCACGUUUCUCAACUGUGCCCACGGACUGAGUGCUAUUAGCAACCUGUCCAUUCUAAACAGUGGGUCUGAUUAUGAUGAAGAGGCCGAGGCCAUGGCGUUCCAGCUACGCACGGGAGAGGUUAUGGAUGAGUCCUUAUAUCCCAUAGUACCACACAUGAAGAGUGAGGAAGCUCGACUGGGAACUUUCAGUAAUUGGCCGACACAUUUGCCAGUACAGCCCAGCGACCUGGCGGAGGCGGGCAUGUAUUAUCGUGGGAGGGACGACAAUGUGCAGUGUUUCUGUUGUGGAGGGAUGCUGGGUGAAUGGCAGCAGGGUGAUAAUCCUUGGAACGAACAUGAAAAAUUCUACCCAAACUGCUUUUUUAUCUUGGGCCACGAUGUGGGCAAUGUGCCCCUGGCAACACAGAGUCGCAGAGUGAAUGGUCGGGCAGGCUCUCUUGAGACUUUUGAAGGACGACUUGAUACCUUCAGAAGCACACAGCAUCCUAUAGAACAUGAGAAACUGGUUAGAGCCGGCUUCUACAGCACAGGGGAACGAGACAGAGUGAUUUGUUUUAAAUGUGGAGGAGGAGUAAAGGGCUGGUUGCCUGAUGAAGAUCCAUGGGAGGAGCACGCCAAGUACUAUCCAGGCUGCAGUUUCCUUCUGGCAGAAAAAGGAAAUGAAUAUGUCAACCAAGUGCAACUGAGACAUCCUAACAGACACCAUACAAGGCCAAGUCAGAAUGGAUUUUCAAGUCAUGAAGAAGCUGCACAGAAGGUCAUGCAGUCAGAGAUUGGAAAGAAGGCUGUUGAAAUGGGUUUUGACCCCACCAAAGUGGAGAGCACAAUUCUCCAGAAGUUACGUCAAGAUAGUAAGGGUUAUACUUCAGUGGAGGCCCUUAUUCAAGAUAUCGCAGAACAACAGAGUGAUUUAUAUAUUUCUGAAAAAUCUGAUGACCCCAUGACAACGCUUGAGAAACUCCAGAGAGAGAAGCGUUGUAAGGUCUGCAUGGACAAUGACAUCAACAUCGUCUUCAUUCCCUGUGGACACCUGGCCACUUGUCAAAAAUGCUCAGAAUCUUUGCUUAAGUGUCCCCUCUGCUGUGCCACUAUUGUGCAGAAGAUAAAGGCCUACAUUGGUUGAACAUCCAAGAAACCACAACUCAAAAUUAAACUCUGACUGAAUGUUGUACAAUCCAGACAUUCCUUGAUAUUGGAUAUAAAGUGUGUAUAUGCUUUGUGUAGAUGAGUGUAUAUGUACAUUUGUACGCAUAUAUCCAGAGAUAUACAAGUUCAGUCAUUUUUUAUUAGGUCACAAAAUUGCUUGUUUUUGACAGAUGGGCAGCAGACUACAUCAUUUAAAUUUCUAAUAUAUUUUUUUAGUAAAAUCAAUAUUUAUUGUCCAUCUUCUGAAAACAUCUUUGUGGCUUUCCCCAUGUUCACAGAAAUACACAGAUGUAAACUACCAUAGUGCCUUUAUAGAGUUUUAAAUAAUAUUUUCAUUGUACUUUAUAAUUUUACAUGAUCAUGUAUAAUUCAUUCACAACCGCACAAUUGAGAAUAAUGUCUUUAAUGUUGAUUUCACUUUUUUUUUAAUUACACAUUUCUGCAGCAUAACUCUUGGUUUUAAGUAUAAAUAUUGCAAUUAUGACAAUUAAACAGAAAUUCCUAAUA